GCCGGUGUCCCCACGCAGAGGAGCCUCCUGCUGUAGCCAUGGGUCGUCGCCCGGCUCGCUGCUACCGGUACUGUAAGAACAAGCCGUACCCCAAGUCUCGCUUCUGCCGUGGGGUCCCCGACGCGAAGAUCCGCAUCUUUGAUCUGGGUCGGAAGAAGGCGAAGGUGGACGAGUUCCCGCUCUGUGGCCACAUGGUGUCCGACGAGUACGAGCAGCUUUCCUCUGAAGCCCUGGAGGCCGCCCGCAUCUGUGCCAACAAGUACAUGGUGAAGAGCUGCGGCAAGGACGGCUUCCACAUCCGGGUGCGGCUGCACCCCUUCCACGUGAUCCGCAUCAACAAGAUGCUGUCCUGCGCUGGCGCGGACAGGCUUCAAACCGGGAUGCGGGGCGCCUUCGGAAAACCCCAGGGCAUGGUGGCCCGAGUGCACAUCGGCCAGGUCAUCAUGUCCAUCCGCACCAAGCCACAGAACAAGGAGUACGUGAUCGAAGCCCUCCGCAGAGCCAAGUUCAAGUUCCCUGGCCGCCAGAAGAUCCACAUCUCCAAGAAGUGGGGCUUUACCAAGUUCAACAUAGAUAAAUUCGAAGACGAGGUGGCAGCGAAGCGCCUCAUCCCUGAUGGUUGCGGAGUCAAGUACAUCCCUGAGCACGGCCCUCUGGACAACUGGCGGGCUUGGCAUUCCUGAGGACUUUGCCAGCAGAAGAGACAUUCUGCACUUGACUGUAGCCAGAAGGCCAAGAAGCUAUAGAAGAGACAUUCUAAUAACGUUUAUAUUUUGAAAAUGUUAAUUCAGUUUUUAUACUAUAGGAUGUUAGUUGCAUAUUAUAGAAUGCUUUGGUGGAAAAUACUUGUCUGCUUAAAGAAAACUGCGUAUCAGAGCUAUUGCUGUUUUGAUCCAUCUACUUUAAAUUUAUGUAAUAUACGUAAAUACGGCAAAUGUUAGUAAAGUCAUAAAUUAUAUUGUCGUUUUGGAUCGAGUGACAAGAGAAUAUCCAUGAUGUGUACGAAAAAUCCUUUGUAUUCCAACUACAGCCUUGUUGAAACUAGCCUGUUUCUAAAUUUGGCUGUUUGAUAUAUAUUUGUCGAUAUUAUGUUCAAAUUACCUGUAGCCUCUGAUUAUCAGUUUGAGAGCAAUUGGGUAUACUGUAAAAGGAUUUUCUAGACAAGCCUUACAAUGUCUCACACUCAGGAGACAACAUCCAAUCUUUUCUUCAUCACAGAAAGGUCAUAGGUGACAAAAGAGUUAUUAUUGCUUGUAUUUGGGUCCCAGUAGAAUCAACAGAAAAAAGAAAAUGACACUAAAUCAGCUAUCUGCUCCGGAGGGACCUUGGAUAGCAUUUGUAAUCUGUGAUGUUUGCCUUACAUUGGAGUUACAUUGAUCCCAGGGGUGAUUUUUAUUUUGGAAAAGACAACGUAAAAUGACUGGGUUUGUACUGUUCCUGUCCUUUGAUUUAAAUUUCUGAAUCUCUGUCUUGGAAACAGUGCCUUCAGUUUUCCUAUGCUAAUUACUCAUUUUCAAAGUCAACAUAUUAUUAAAAACAUGAGUAUUGAACAGCAUAGAUGGCAUUGCUUGUUAAUGGUUUGCAUUUAUGUAAAUUUUUGUCAGUCUUAAGAUACUGCAUCUGACUUGGUAAUUCAGCUUGUCCCUAUAAGUUACUUGUGUGAUUUCAUGCUUGGUUGCCAUUUUAGGCUUUAACAAUAUUCAUGUUAUAAAUGAGGUUGAAGAAGAUAAUUCUUAACAAAUAAUGACAUGAGUAUAUUAAUAAAAGGGCUCUCCAUAAAAAGUAUUUUUUUGAUAUUUUACUUGAUGCGUUGAAAACCCUUAAAAUUGUCUAGGAAAUUCGGUCAUAUGCUUAAUAAAUACAGAC